ACUGUAAACAAAGUCUGCCAGCAGAGCAAGAAGCUGAAAAUAAAGGAUUUUAUAUGGAAUAACAACCAUCUAUAUUGCCCUUUGUUAUAUAUUGAGCCAGAUACAUCCAUGGCUUAAAUGCCAAACGAUUUGUGCAGUAUGAAACGACUGUCCCGGUGAGAAAAUACUAGAAUCUCUACUCAUCAAGUGAGGAGACUUUACUUCCGGGUUUGGUGUUCUUGAAUAUAUUUCAGCAACAAUCAAGAAUCAUGCCAGCAAACGCGAAGGUCACGAUACGGUACGGGAAAUACGAGGCUUGCGGCACAGUGGAGUACAGAGAAGACAGGCUAGACGGUUUGCAAGCUGUGCUGAAGGCAGACGGACACCAGGUAGAGCUGAAGCAAAUUGAAGACUGGAAUGUUGUAGAGCUCAUUGUGAAUGGAGAAACAGUUUACACAUGCAACAUUACAGACCUGGACUUUGGUGGAGAUGGUCAGCUGGACCCACUGUGUGCAGAAGCAUUAAAGGCAGUACAGACUGCAUACUGAUGUGUCAAUGUUACUGUAGUAGACAAGCUAUACAUUGUAGACAUAUAAGACUUCACUGUGGCUAGUCAGCCUGUUACAUAUUGAUAGUCUAUUAAAACAUUUGUAGCUACCAGUAUCAACUGUACAGACUAACAGACCUGCUGAAGUAAAUACAAUGUAGUUGCUUCUAAUGCAGGAGGGAAAAAACUGUACAAAGAUGUAUCACAAGUGGAUGGGUGUAAUUGUGACAUUUUGUGUAAAUACAUUUGUUUUAGAAAAUGCAAAAUAGAAAAGUUGCAAAAUUUGAAACUGAAGGAAAUCAAAAUACAGGAUCGUGCAAAAUGAUGUACAUGAUCUAUUCCUGUGUCUGAGUGUAUGAUUGUGUUAUGCCUCAUUUCAUCCUAAACAGCUUUUUUUCAAAAUUAACAAAUAGAAGUGUAACAA